AUGUCACUUCGGGCGGCCCUCACCCGUGGAAGCCACGAGCUUGUCUGCGGAAUCACGGCCAACGUUUCCGGCUGCUUCGACUUUUGGACCAACCGAAGGGAAGCAGAACGUCGGUACACCACCAGCAACCUCAAGACCUUGCUGAUAUCAGUGGUGGUGACGAGCUUGGUAUGUUGGCUUGUGCUUAUUCCUAUCCAUCUGCUGUUCUACAUCGCCCGCCUGAUAAUUUACUUUGCCAAGCCUCAGUGGAACCAACCCGCGGCGUCUGUCCACAGCAAUAUCACCUUCUACAACUUGCUCUUUGACGCAUGCUGGUACCUGCCACUCAUCAUCCUCUUCCUGGCACGGAAUUUGAGUCUUUUCAGCUCGAAGCCCUUCUUCUCGCACCUGGACCAGUUCCCAAACCUCCGGGACGGCCUUAGCAGCUUGCCGGUGCAGUCCGAUAGGUACAUGAUGUGGCUCCGAGCCUCACUGAAGUCCAUUGGCAAGCUGGUGCUGCUCUCGGUGGUCGUCUUCCUACUGAAGAUGGGAUUUCGUCGGCUUCAGCAUGGCCUCAGUGUGUUCACGGUGUUCUACACACAGUACAGCAAGUACUACAAGAAGGUGAGGGUCUUUGCUGACCCCAAGUACGGCAAGCAACCCGGCCUCGCGGGAGAAGCGAAGCCGCGUGCCGGGCUCUGGAAUCGUGGCAACCUGCUGAUGCUGAUUGGGAAUCUCAUGGUGGCCUACCUUAUGUUCGACAACGUGGGUGUGGCCACACUGUUCCUGCGCUUCUACGAGUGGUACAUCGCCUCCGUUGCUCUCAGCACGGAGCUGCUAGGGGAGUAUACGUACAGGCUGACCUAUCAGCAAGAGCGAAUCUUUGUGUACAGGCAUGGCUGGUUCCUUUGCGGCUUCGGGACUGUGGUACUGGCGGCCUUCUAUGUGCCCUUUCUGGGCCUCGUGCUGUACCACACCUUCCAGUAUGCCAGCGUGAAGCUUCUGGUAACCAUGCUGGAGCACGACAAGAGUGCGGGUGAGGAGCCGAGGAUGAUCCUCUGGGACCGCCUGUGA